AUGGCCGACCACGAGCUGUCCAAGAUUCGGCACAGCGAGCACCUGCUGCUGGACCAGCCGCUGCUCCGCCUCCCCAACGAGCUCCUCCGAAAGAACUUCCGAUCCGCGCACUUCACCAUCGAGAAGGACACAACGGCCCUCAAGUCGCUGCUCAAGGAGUCGGCAACGGCCGCCGUCUCGGGCCGCGCCUCGCAGCAGGAUGUGCUCAAGAACCUCGACGCCAUGCUCACGCGCAUGCGCGGCGUCAAGCGCAAGCUCACCGCCUACGCCGAGGAGGAGUCGCGCCUGCACCUCCAGACGGCCGCCCGCAUCACCCACCUCGACGAGCUCUACUCCAUCGACGCCGUCGAGGACGUCAAGUACGAGGCCUGGAGCCGCAAGCGCCUCGACCGCCUGCUCGCCGACUACCUCCUGCGCCACGGCUUCAACCAGACGGCCGCCGACCUCGCCGCCGAGAAGGGCCUCAGCAACCUCGUCGACGUGGACACCUUUGUCGGCAUGAGCCAUAUCAGAGAGUCACUGCUGAAUGGGAGCGUCGCCGAGGCGCUGGCCUGGUGCACCGAGAACAAGAAAGAGUUGCGCAAGAUGGAGAGCAAACUCGAAUUCAUGCUGCGGCUGCAGCAGUACAUCGAACUCCUCCGCACCGAGUCGCAGCCCAAGCUGAUGGAGGCCAUAGCGCACGCCAAAAAGUACCUCAUCCCAUACUCAUCCAUAUACCCCAAGGACGUCAAGCGCGCCUGCGGCCUGCUCGCCUUCCCGCCCUCAUCCGCGUCCUCGGCCUACGCCGACUCCUACGACGCCUCCCGGUGGGCCGACCUCGCCGACCUCUUCACCCAAGCCCACAGCAACCUCCUCUCGCUCCCCGCCGUGCCCCUCCUCCACAUCGCCCUGUCGUCGGGCCUCUCCGCGCUCAAGACGCCCGCCUGCCACUCGUCGGCCGCGCACCAGGGCGGCGGCGAGGGCGCCUCCAUGCUCGGCCACGGCGUCUGCCCCAUCUGCUCCACCGAGCUCAACGAGCUGGCGCGCAACGUGCCCUACGCGCACCACACCAAGAGCCACGUCGAGUACGACCUCCUGCUCCUGCCCAACGGCAAGGUCUACGGCCGCCAGCGCCUCGAGGACCACGCCAAGAAAGCCGGCCUGUCGGAGAACGAGGUCAAGGACCCCCGCACUGGUGAGGUUUACUCCACCGACGUGCUCAAGAAGGUGUACAUAACAUAG